GUGUGAGGGGGCAGGAAGGGCGCGAAUGAAAAAUGGCGGGAGCGCGGCCCAAAUGGCGGCGGGGAGCUGAGUGAGGGCUCGGGCUCGGCCCCGCCGCUCCGGAGCCCCCCGGAGGCGCUGGGGGAAGGCCGGGGCUCGCCCCCCAUGUCCACCCCGCGCCCCUCCCCCCCCUCGCCCCUCCCCCCCUCGCUGCACUCCCUGUCCCUCACCCCUCCCCCCAAAUCCCCCCCGGCCUCCCCGGAGCGGCCCCGGACGCCCCCGGAGCGGCCCCCGGAGCCCCCCGGGAGCCCCCCGAGCCCCCCGGAGGAGGAGUGGGGGGUGCCCUGGAGCGAGGAGGACGAGGAGGAGCCGCCGGGGGGCUGGACCCCGGAGCCGCCCGAGAUCCGCCGCCUCUACGAGGCCAUCGCGCGCGCCGGCGUGCUGCCGCUCCGGAACCUUCCGUUCCCGCGCCGCCUGCCCACCCCGGAGCCGCCCUGCCCGCCCGAGCCGGGCGCCGCCGGCGCCGCCAGCCCCAGCCGCGAGGCCCAGGAGGAAAAGCCCCCUCCCCCCACGGAAUUCGACUUUGACGACGAGCCCCUCCCCCCCAACCCGGCCCUCAUCGACCGCCGCCGCACCCCAGGGCCGCCGAGCCGCGGGCAGAAGCGCGAGGCGCGCCUGGACAAGGUGCUGUCGGACAUGAAGCGGCACAAGAAGCUGGAGGAGCAGAUCCUGCGCACCGGCCGCGACCUCUUCCCCCCCGAGGGCCCCCAGAGCCCCAAGCGGCCCCCGGGGCUCUUCCUCAGGACCCGCAAAUACUGAGAAAUGCAAAAUUAAAAUCCUCCUCCUGCUUUUGGGACA